AUGUUAGCCGAGUUAGUCCAAGAUUCUAGGAAAAAGAAAGAUGUAAGUGAGAACGAGGGCGCAUCGAUGAUCAAGAUUUUUUCAUCUCUCAACCCACCCUCCUAUGAUGGCAAGCCUGAUCCAAUUGAGUUCGAAGAUUGGAUAAGUCGCAUAGUACUUUUCCAUUCCCAUUCCCUAACACCUCUAAAAAAUGUUGACCACCAUUCAACUACCUUAACCAACUUGAACCACCACCUAGCCUCCACCACCCCCACACGGACCUCACCUCACUCAGCCACCAGAUCAACCACCGAUAUCACCCUCACCGGCGUAGCUUCACUACGACACCCUCACCGACAUCUCUCUAUCACCGACAAAGGGAGAAGGAGAGGGAAGGGCAGCGAAGAGGAGAAAAGGAGACGGAGGGGGCGGAGGGGGCGGGGGCGGGGGAGGGGCGGCGGCGAUAGAGAGAGAAGGAGAGGGAAGGCCGACGAAGAGGAGAGAAGAGGCGGGGGAGGGGCGGCAGCGACAGAGGGAGAAGGAGAGGGAAGGGUAGCGAAGAGGAGAGAAGAAGGCGGGGGAGGGGCGGCGGCGACAGAUGAAGAAGGAGAGGGAAGGUCGGCGAAGAGGAGAGAAGAAGGCGGAAGGGGCGGGGGAGGGGCGGCGGCGACAGAGGGAAAAGGAGAGGGAAGGCCGGCGAAGAGGAGAGAAGGAGGCGGAAGGGGCGGGAGAGGGUCGGAGGCGACAGAGGGAAAAGGAGAGGGAAGGCCAGCGAAGAGGAGAGAAGGAGGCGGAAGGGGCGGAGGCGGGUCGGCGGCGACAGAGGGAGAAGGAGGGGGGCGGUGA